UUUGAUAAUCCUUAAGAUAAGUGAGGGAUUCUUAUGUUUCUUUAAAUCAUCUACUCGGGCAUUCAACCAUACUCAUGGCUUUCCAAUUCCUAUUUUCAUAUACUAAACGUGUAUUAACUGUAGCAGUUGGGAUGACAUAGAUGAGUUACUAGACGAACACGAACUAGUAUAUUAUGUAAUGAUCAACCCCAAAGACGAUGCCAAUCAGGGGAACGAUUUGCUCCUAUCUCUUCGUAGCAUCUUCUGGGGCACAUAUUGGGUUGGUGACAUUUCAGAGGUUGUUCCUCAAUUGCCAUUACAUCACAUUCAAGAGGCUUUCGGAUUGAGAAGUGAUUCUGAGGUUGUAGACAGAAUGAGGAUGGUGGUUUUUGGUGGCGAUGCUACAACCAAUCGGGUUUUACGAGCAGUUUGUGAUAUGGAACUCCAUCCGACACCGCCAAUUGGUUUGAUGCCUUUGGGAACACAAGUUAACAUUUCAAUUUCUCUUGGAUGGGGAAAUCAAAUUUCUGAUACAGAUGCUAGGCUUGUAGUUUACUUGACUAAAUUAAGGGAUGCUGAAGAGAUAUUGAUAGACAGUUGGAAUUUUGUAGUGAGGACAUCAAUUCCAAAUUGUCUUGAGAUACCGAAUACUCUUCAUGUUCGACAUGUUUCCGAAGACAACUUAUUGCACAUGGGAGGUGACAAAGAUCUUUGUGGAAGAUUUUGGAACUAUCUUAUAAUAGGGUUGGAUGCUCAAGAAUUGUUUGGUGCUUCUCACUUUAAAUCUUGGCCAAGGAACAUUGCUCUACCUAUAAGUGUUAAAAUCAAGGAUCACCAACAUCAAUGGAAGAAAUUAAACUUACCUCAAAGCAUAAGGUCAAUUGUUUGUCUUAACAUGCCUAGCUUCCCUGGUGGACUAGACCCUUGGGGCAAACCAAAUUUUAGGAGAAAAAAAGAGAGAAACUUUACAUCAUCUUUUGUAGAUGAUGAACUUCUUGAGAUAAUUGGAUUUAGAGAUUCAUGGCAUGGGGAAAUUUUUCUUCCUUUGAAUGACCAUGGGACUCGUCUUGCACAGGCACACCAAAUUCGCUUUGAGCUUCACAAAGGGGUAGCUAAGCAUAUUGACAUGAAUUUUGAUGGGACAAGAUGGAAACAACCUACCCCUAUUGGUGAUGACAACUUCCUGAUUGAAAUCUCUUAUUCAUGUAAAACCAAAAUGCUUGCAACUUCAGCUUCAAAAUGCAAACACAAAUCUAAGUCCUACUCCAAUUAAAUCUUUUCAACAGGGUUGAAAUCUUCAGUGAGGUUUUCAUGCUAAACCUUUAUAUGAGGAUAACAUGAUAAAAACUUUAUAUGUAUAUAUAUAAAGCCAAAAAUAUUUGAUGGGUGGA